CUUCUUAAUGGAUAUCAAAAUUACUUGCCUUUCACCGUGCCCUACAGACCGUGCCCUUUCAGUUAAUAAACAACUAAUAAAAUCACAACGCAGUCGAUAAAACGAGAAGCAAGAAGGAGAAACAGUCGUAAUGUCGCCGUUCCUUGUUUUCUCCAUCAUCUGCUUUUCAAUUUCGAGCCUCGAUGCUUUGUCCUGUUUACCUUGCAACAUGGUAAAAUGUCGCCCGGUUACACAGUUGAGAUGCCGCGGUGGACUGGUGUCGGAUGUCUGUGGCUGCUGCAAGCGCUGCGCCAAGGUCGAGGGAGAUUCUUGCAAAGGACCAUGGGGUAUAUUUGGCUUGUGCGACAAGGGACUAGAGUGUGACACGUCAGAUUUCGUCGGCCACUCAGCAAACGCACAUGGCAAGUGCGUCAAGGCCAAACCUUCUUGCUCGAACAAAGUGUGCACCAGUCCCCCUCACUCAUUUUGCCUGAUGGUGGACGGUGAGCCGAAAUGUAUCUGCCCAGCGGCUUGUCCCACGGAUGUUACUCCUAAGUGUGGAUCGGAUGGCAAGCUUUACUUGAACAAGUGCGAGAUGAGACGAGCGUCGUGCGACCAGGGCAGGGUCAUCACCGAGAGACCUUGGGAGAACUGCACAGCCCCUAACGAACAGGAUUAGUAAUUAAACAGCACUUCUAAGGGAGAACUGUACAGCCCCUAACGAACAGGAUUAGUAAUUAAUGAACAGCGCUUUAAGGAAGAACUGCACAGCCCCUAACGAACAGGAUUAGUAAUUAAUGAACAGCGCUUUAAGGAAGAACUGCACAGCCCCUAACGAACAGGAUUAGUAAAGAAACAGCGCUUUUAAGGAAGAACUGCACAGCCCCUAACGAACAGGAUUAGUAAUUAAUGAACAGCGCUUUUAAGGAAGAACUGCACAUCCCCUAACGAACAGGAUUAGUAAUUAAUGAACAGCGCUUUAAGAAAGAACUGCACAGCCCCUAACGAACAGGAUUAGUAAAGAAACAGAGUUUUUAAGGAAGAACUGCACAGCCCCUAACGAACAGGAUUAGUAAUGAAACAGCGCUUUUAAGAAAGAACUGCACAGCCCCUAACGAACAGGAUUAGUAAUGAAACAGCGCUUUUAAGAAAGAACUGCACAGCCCCUAACGAACAGGAUUAGUAAUUAAUGAACAGCGCUUUAAGGAAGAACUGCACAGCCCCUAACGAACAGGAUUAGUAAAGAAACAGCGCUUUUAAUGAAGAACUGCACAGCCCCUAACGAACAGGAUUAGUAAUGAAACAGCGCUUUUAAGGAAGAACUGCACAGCCCCUAACGAACAGGAUUAGUAAAGAAACAGCGCUUUUAAGGGAAAACUGCACGAAUUUUCAGAACAGGAUUAGUAAUUAAUGAACAGCGCUUUUAGGGAAAAAAUGCACGAAUUUUCAGAACAGGAUUAGUAGUUAAUAAACAGCGCUUUUAGGGAAAAAAUGCACGAUUUUAAGGACAGGAUAAGUAAUUAACAUAAUGAACAGCGCUUUUAAGGAAAAAAAUAGACCAUACUUAUUCCAGACAUACGCUGAAACGCCGCAUGGCAGCUGAGCUUUACGGCUAGGCUGAAGAUUUCGGCCCAGCACCGCUAUCUAGCGAACUGUACAACACUAAGGAACCUGGGGUACCCGCGCAUUAAUGGGGAGGCAAUAACCAGGAUCCCAGGCCUGUCUUUCGUAGGUUACGCCACACACAGCUCAAAAUAUCGGGGUCUUUUUUCCGCUUGCGUCUCUUGGGAAUUAGCGUGUUGCUAUAGCAGUGUGGUUAUUCUAUCAUCAUACUGAAACUUUAGUUCUCCUGUGAUUAGUCGUGCACGUGUGCAUAUCUUUCGUGCUCAGAAACAUACAUAUCUUAUGAUUGAUCCAUGUUCUCCUGACUCGAAAAAAUUAAAUGGAACCACGGUCCUUUACGGUAAUAGACCGGCCAUUUGCCAAA